AUGGGCAUCUUCUUCGCCGUUGUUGCCCUCGGUGGGCUCGUUGCGCCGCCAAUCAGCGGCGCGCUCCUGACGGACGGCUACCGCUGGUGGCGCGCUGCGGUCUUCAGCGGUGUCAUGGCACUUGCUGGCGCAUGCGUCUUCGUGCUCCUCGUGUUUGCUGUUCGCAGAGAUGCACGGAGGACGCUGGACACGGACACGGACACGGCCGCGGGGAGGGGGGACAAGGCCCGCGGAGCAAGGCCUAGGUAA